UAAAUAUUCCAAAAAAAAAUUAUAAACAACAAUUUAAAAAAAAUCGAUUACACAAAUUCCACAACAGUUUAUGAGUCACUUUAGUGGAAUAAUAGAAAUUACGAUAACAUGGGGGUCAAAGCAAACGUUUCAGGUUGUAUUUGGUGCGUUUAGAAUUGAAGAACCUCAUUUUGAACCAGCUUUACUACCAUAAUUAUCUGAAAAAAGGUCAAACUAGUGAUGAAAACAUGCACAAUAUCAAAUAUCACAAGUACAGGCUUAAUUCUGAGAGCCACCCUGAAAACAGUGCGAGUUCGGCAUCAUCUGCACCAAGGACUUCUGAGCCGCACAAAGUUGUAGCUAGAGGGGCCACUGUGACAAAAAAUAAGCAGGAAACAUUGGAUCCUCCACCUCCCAGAGACAUAUCCAAGGAAAAUUUAGGGAUAUGGAUUGGCUGGACGUACAGAAGCGACAGAGAAGUUGCCAGAGAGUCAGCUACCAAAGGACACAUAGCUUUGGCCAAAAGGUUUCUCAGUUUACGUAAGAGCAUUAUAAUCGAAAGAGCCGCUGAGUUUAUAAACAGUGAAGUUUUACUAUGGGUAGAUGAACUGUUAACCCGAAAGCUAAUCCUGAGAAUCUCAAGUUUAUUAGAAAACAUUGGCCUAGACCCGAUUUACGAGCUGCAAAACAUGUUCUACCAGACCAAAAACCCUGACAGGAGAGAAUAUAUUGGGAACUAUUUAAAAACCAAGGAAGUCUUACCGACGAACUAUGAAAAACUAUGGAAUUUCUUAAAUAUAAUCUUACAAAAUAAGGUUUUACACUGUGGCGAUGAUACAGCAGCAGAAGUUAGUAUAGAGGAUCUAGAGAAGAAACCCGAUGGGUGGAAGGAGGAAAUUGCCGCCAAAUUGUUCUUAGACACUUAUGAUUCCACACUGGUCACCUGGAUAAAACCCAAAGUUCUCUGGAAACAACUCUUACUAACCAACCAGCUCCAUCUCAUAAAAACCUGGAUAAACUUAUCCUUUUCCUCUGGCAAUGUUGCUCCAAACACGCCGGAAACCAUAACGAACUUACUAAAAUCCUCCCCAUUAACUGAGGAAAUGAUUGCGGAAUUAUCCGACUCGAAUAUGCCCCCGAGCAGUUUCGAAGUUAUCCUAAACGAUUUGGCCCUGUUUGGUAUAUUUAUUGAGCCUGAAAAGAGUGACUUUGUAAAAGUGCUUGCCAGGGUCGAUGCCGCUGAUAAACUGUUGAAUAUUUACGAGAUACUUGGAAAAACGACUUCGAACAUUCCUCUGAUCACUUUUGAGUCCAUGCUAGUGGAAUAUUGUUUGCAAAACGAUUUGUUAACAGUUAUGAGCGCUUGUACGGCCAAUUUUGAUCUGGCGUUAAUACCAAAACUGAGAGAGUCCCCACAUGUGGAUUUACUAAUGGAUUUUAGGUGCUUUAUUGAGAAUUUUAAUGAUAACGAUUGCUUGCUUGGGAAUAUUUAUAAAGUGGCCAAGUAUUUGAGCCAAAGCAACUUGGAAGAGUAUUUUAACGAGAAUUUCAUGAUAUUUUUGGCCCUUUUAGUACUCACCCCAGAGGUGUCUCUGGAAGACUCUAUCAGAGAUAAGUCGGUUUCAUUAUUCGGGAAUAAUUUGUUUAAUUGCUUGGCCAAUAUUCUAAAGCAUCACCCGUUGCUCUCCAACCUGUACUUCCGCAAAACAACCGGGGUAAAAUGUAAUUUAACUUAUCAAGACUUAGUCGAGAAGCAUCUUAAAAUAGACCUGAGGCAAGUGAAGUGUUCCGUGUUGGAAUCCCCCAAAGCCUAUUCAAAAAAAGUUAAUUUUAUCUUUUACUUGAUCCAGCAUCGGCCCAGUAUCGCGAGCAAGCGGUUCUUCCUGGAUCUCCUAAAGAAAAACGAGCCUAUCGAUGCCAAAGCGAAAUCACUGGCCCAAAAUAAAGUCUAUAAAAUCGCCAUAAAAAACUUUCUGGAUCAAGGGUUGACCACCACUUGCGUGACAUUUUUAAAUAUGAUUGGAGCGGAGGCGGAACAUUUACGUAUCAGCUUAAUGGCCGCGAACAUUUUGCACCAAUCGGGAGUGGAUAUGCACAACGUCAUCUCACUGUUCCUGGACAAUAACCCUCAAAUAAUCCAGACCUUAUUGGACGAGAAUCUGGUGAAGUUUUUCCAGUUUUCUCGCUCGAUUUCCGGCGGUGAGUUCGUGAGGGCCGUAAAAACGUUCGAUUUAGUGAUAAAGUUUUCCACGUUGCAUAACUUGCCGUUGCCCGAGAGUUUCUUGAGGAAUUUGGCCCAGAAUAACUUGUGGUUGCCCUUUUUGUUGUACGCCCAAAUGAAGAAUUAUCCCAUAGAGCAAAUGAAGGAGUUAUGUUCGAACAUUAAGAGCCCCAACUUGUUGGAGCAUGUGAUCCAUAGCGUUUUGCACGACAUCCAUGUGGACGAGACCAAUGUUUUAAUGCGAGAAAGGGAUCCGAGAAAGUAUCUGUUAUCGAAGAUCGGAGUACGUAGGACCGUGGAUAGUUUAGUGGGUCCUACAGCAUCGAUUACUUCCAGAUCUACUGUUGGUAGUGGAGACAGUUACGUGAGCACAUCCGGUUCGGAAUCGUUGGAAAUCGAUAUUUCUAACACGAAGGCCACACUGUUGCAGAUUUUAAUACGGUGCCAUAAUAGUACGGAUCCGCCCAGGGCUCUUUUGCAGGCCUGUCAGCUGUAUAGGAAUCCCCUGUUGGCUAUUUUGGCCACUAGUUACGAGCCCGACUCUGUAAUAACCAACUGGCUCACCUGGCUAGCGGUUUCCACCGACCUAUACGAGUUAUUCACCAACUUCGAGUCGAUUUCGGCUUCGAGUCAAAAAGUCACCGAACUAUUGGACCACUGCAUGCGCCAAAAAUUCCCCAAGACACUUUGCCAGAGCUGCCUUAUUUUCGUGCCGGACAACCCUUUGGCGCCCUUUUGCAUCUUCUUAAACGCCCUUAUAUCCAAAGAGUAUGAAACCGAAUUCCUUACAGCUCCUCUGGAGAUGUUUAAAAAACUAAAAAGCACCCGACGUGCAAGCGUCUUAAGCCAAACCGAUUAUGAGUUGACUUAUUUGAAAAAUAAACUAUGGCUAGAAACGACCGCUUUACAACUCCUAUGCUCCGCCUUAAUUUAUAACACAGAUUCCCACUAUGAUCAGCUGCGUUUCGUGCAGAUCCUUUGCAACCUGGAUAUCCAACAAUACUUUUCCUGCGAAACCCCUAGGUUUCAUAACUUGCAAAUUAUCCUGGAAAUAAUCUAUGAUAGUCCGGUGCAGCUUGAUUUAGCCGAGUUCCUGGAUAGCACCAAAGAAACCGAAGCUGUCCAGAGGUGCGUCAGUAGUUUACUGGAUCGGCACCUCUUCGAAGCAGCUCUGAUUGUAGCUGAAAGUUGCGCCCGAUCAACCGAGGAAAUCGUGUUGGAAAAGUGGAAAUUCUUGUUUAAAAACUGUGAAAACUUUGAGGGUUGCCUUAGGGAGUGUGACGCGGACUUUGAGGCGCAAAAAGUCCCUCCAGAAGCCGCAGUAGAAUUCUUUAAAGAGCGUAAAUCCAUUGGGGACUUUGAGCGCUAUUUGCUCCUAAAAUAUUCCCACAAGUGGGCUGCAAAGCACGACUUACCGACGCGCUACCACUUGGAAAGAAAAAAAAUCCUGGCUUACCUAAAAGUGAUGGAUAAGCCUUUAAGUAUCGCCGAAUUAGAUGAGGAAAUCAAGCCGUUUUGCACCUAUAAAGAUAUGCUGGACGUAUUGGAAACGAUCGAGAGACCCCUGGCUAACUUAGCUACGGAUUACAUGAAGGAGCUGAAUAAGAUCCAGCUAGAGGCGCUGGAUUUGGAGAAUUUUUGGUUGGCAUUGAAGCUGGAACGGAUGUUCGGUUGUAGCUGUAACGACUUGAAGGUUUUGGUGCUUUGCCACGAGUUGGCCGAGGGGCUGGUGUUGCCCCAUCAGUUGAAUAACGAACAGCAGCAGGUGGUGGCCAGGGUGAAGGAGAUUCAAGAGUUGACGCACCGUAGGAGGAGUUUUUAUAGGGAUGUGAGCUGUUCUUCUGAAACCUAUCUCGAUCUGAUAGAAGAAGAACCCGAUAACACCAUCCAGGCCACCCUAAACCUCAUUCAUCUCCUCAUCGAGAAACUGCAUCACGGAUCCGUAUUGGCUUAUUCGGUUUUCAUGAAGUACCGUAUAAGCGCCAACAUCGAAGUACCCUACGGAAUCGUAGCUUCAAACAGCGAUCCGUUAAAAAUGCUAAAAUUCGCCCUACAGGACAACUGCAUGAACAAACUGGAGGUGGUCCAUGACUUUUUUGAGAUAUUCGCCUGGUCCAAGAAAGAGAUAACAGAUUUUGUUUGUGACGAAUUCAUAACGGCCGCAUCCAGCUACUCAAAGUCGAAAAUCGAAAAUUUCACCAUGUGGGACGUAAAACUGGCGGAGCAGUUCCAUUUGAUCCUCAAACACCUUAAAGACGAGUGUUCCACCUUAGCGUACAAAUUUUACAAUUUCGCUUGCGCCGUACACCAACAACAGGAAAUAGCCGAGUUAAACUUCAAAAUAAGCGAAAUGUGUUUGGUGGUGGAGCUACUUGUAGCCGCCCACAGCUGUUUUACCGCCGAUUGUAACAUGGAGGGCAUCUCCGUCGUUUUGCGGAAAUGUCGAAAAGUCAUUUUUCACCUUUUAGACGUCAGAAGUUGGAAAUUGAUCGUACGAUUGCUUACAGGUAUAGGCAGAUACACGGAACUGAACUUCGUCUUCGACAAACUAAAGGAACAUUCGCAGUUCGAGUUUUUGCUCAGCAAAGGUUCGAAAAGGGACGAGCGUCUAAAAUUGGCCUGCGUCGAGUAUUUGAAAAAACACUGUCCGGAAAAUAAGAAAUUAUACGAACUGGUGGCGAUCCAUUUCAAUUUGUAUUCGGAGGUGGCGAUGGUGUGGGAACGGGAGGCUCAGGGCUACUUGAAGAAUUUAUACGCGAUCGCUGUGGCGGAAAUGCAAAAUCGUAGGCCAAGCAUGUGGGAUAACACUGGAGAGAUGGUCGUUUUAACUAAGAAUGACGAUACCAAAAUGUUUUUACAUAAGGCGAUGGACAAAUAUGUUUUUGCGGCAGAAUUUCACACCCAAGCGGAAAAACUUACCUAUGCGUUAAAUGCGACCAAACAGGCGGAACUGAUUGCUUUACAAAAAUCACUAAUUCGCCAAGUGGCUCCGAACGACACGGUUCCUUGUCUGUUUUAUUUAUCGCACGCCGCUGUUACUAAAUUGAUGAGUAACAAACUCAGUUUUCACGAAUCCUACAUAUUAUCGCAAGCCUACAACCUGCAACCGGACUGGCCCCAAAUACUGUACGAUCAAACCAUCACGAACAACAACAUAAGCUACUUUGAAGAAUACGCGGAAUUCCUCGGGAUAAAUGAUGAAAUCGUGAAAGAUAUGGCGAGGAAAUUUUUAGGGAAUCACGCCCUUACCGAAAACGCUUUUCGCAAUAUGAAACGAAUUAUCGAACAGGUCGGAUCCGUACAUGUGAAAUAUCAGUUGGCCAGCGAGUUGGGAUUCAGUCGGAUGGUACAAGAAAUAAUCGUGUCGGGAGAGACGUCUUAUUUAAAGGAUACGGUGUAUAAAAGCGGAUAUAAGGGUAGGAAACCGUCGAGAACUGUUGAUAAAUAAACCUGAAUGUCUGAUUUAUUAAAGAAGGAAUUGUGAUUGAAUAUCUUUAUUCUGUGAUAUUUACUUUUUCAGAAACAAAAAUUGAACUUUCUAUUGUAUUUUCUUAUGGUAAUCGAUUGUUUUCGGAUUGAUAUUGUAAAAUAGGUGUUUUUGUAAUAAUUUUGUUAUGUUUAUAUGAAAAUAUGUAUAUGUUUAAGCGGUUAUUGAACCAAUAUUUCUGUGAUGAAUAAAACUAAUAAAAAUACUUUA